AUGGGGAUAUCAAACUUGCUACAAUUUUUAAAGCCCAUAAUAAAGAACUCACAUAUUAGCAAAUAUGAAAAUGAAGUGGUUGGAGUGGAUAUAAUGUGCUGGAUACAUCGUGGGUUAAUUAGUUGUGCUUAUGAUAUUGUCACUGAUCAAUAUAAUGAUAGUUAUUUAAGUUUUAUUGAGAAAAUGCUAGUACCAAUAUUUAAUCAUAAUAUAAAGGUGGUCUUUGUUUUUGAUGGAGAAGAAUUACCUGAGAAAAAAAAAGAAAAUAUGAUAAGAAAGAAUAGAAGAGAAAAAGCAAAAAUGGAAUUAAAAGAAAUAAUUAGCAAAGUAAAAAAUCCAAGAACUAAUGAAAUGGUUUUAAAGAAAUGUAUACAAGCUAUAAGUGUUUCUAAAGAAAUAAUUGAUAGUGUUAAAGAUUUUUGUAAAAAAAAAAAUAUUGAUUAUAUUAUUUCUCCUUAUGAAGCUGAUGCUCAAUUAUCCUAUUUAUGUAGGAUGGGAUUCAUAUCAUGUGCUAUUAGUGAAGAUAGUGAUUUAUUAGUUUAUGGUUGUCCUAGGGUAUUAUAUAAAUUAAAAAAUACUGGUGAGUGUAAUGAAAUUAGCUUAAUGCCUAUUAAUGAUCUUAUUGAUUGGAAUAUAAUCAAUAAAAUAAAAAAUCCAUUAUCUAAUAGUAAUAAUGAAUUUUAUAUUACACCUAUUAAAAAAUUACAAAAUUCAGAUGAUAACGAUUCAGAUAUGUCAUUAGAUGAAGAAUCUUCCUUAGAAUUUAUAAAUAAUGAUGAAGAUAUUCCAAAUAAUAAUGAAUAUAUAAAUAUAUCAAAAAAAAAUAAAAAUAUUGUAAAUAAUAACAAUAAGAAAAAAACAAAAAAAAAAAAAAAAAAAAAAAAAUCAAAUAUAAAAAAAAAUCCGCAAAAAUCAAAAUGUGAUAAUAUAAUGAAACAAUAUAUUGAACACUUUCAUUGGCCUGAAGAAUUAUUUAAAUUACAAUAUUUUAAUAUAGAUAUGUUUUUGGCUAUGUGUGUUUUAAGUGGAUGUGAUUAUAGUAAUGAUUUCCAUAUAACUGGAAUGGGUAUUAAAACUGCAUAUAAUUUAAUAUUCCAACAUAAAAAUAUAGAAAAUAUUUUCCAUUUUCUUAUUUCGAAUGAUAGAUGGAGAAAUAAAAUACCAGAAAAUUUAAAUACAUUUGAUAAAUUAAUCAAUACCUUUCAAAAAAUUAAAAAUGCAUUUCUAAAUCAUCAAGUUUAUGAUUUUAUAUUACGUAAAAAUAUUCCAAUUAAUGAAUCUUUUAAAUCAUCAUUUAUAAAUAAAAAUAGUCAUAUGCUUAUUAAACAAAUAACAGAAGCAUCUUUAUUAUAUGACCCCUUAUUAAAAAUUGAUAACUGUUUAAAUAAUUAUCCUGAAAUAAAUGACAUCCCAUUGAGUUCUUCGCACAUAAAGGAGGAUGAUUACAACAAAGAUGAUAAUAUAUACAACAAAGAUGAUAAUACAUACAACAAAUAUGAUAAUACAUACAACAAAGAUGAUAAUAUAUACAACAAAGAUGAUAAUACAUACAACAAAUAUGAUAAUACAUACAACAAAUAUGAUAAUACAUACAACAAAUAUGAUAAUACAUACAACAAAGAUGAUAAUACAUACAACAAAGAUGAUAAUACAUACAACAAAAGUUGUGAUAAUUUUAAUACAAAUGAUGUUAAUUCUUCCUUUUUUAAUAACCAUCCAAUUUACACACAAUCUACUAAUUCAACAUCCUUUGAAAAUAUUUUUAAAGAUUUUACAUCUGAAUGUUUUGAGUAUCUAGAAAUUUGCCCUCCAGCAUUUAUGGAUCCUCAAAAUAAUCAUAUUCCAAAUAAUUGUAAAAGUGAAAAUGUUCAUAAAAAAAAUGAACAAAACAAUUUUGUUAAUUCAUCUUUUUAUAAUAUUAUAACACAAGAAGAAGUUAUUCAACAUACAGAUAUAUCUCGUCCAUUCACCCAUAAAGAUACUAACAUAUCAAACGAAAUAAAUGAAUAUAAUCAUAUCACUUCUAAUAUAACAUAUAAUGAAUUUAAAAACAAAACAAUACCAACUAGUAAUGAAUAUAUUAAUAAAAGAAAAAUAAAUGAUUGUAUAACAUCAUUCAAUUUAAAAAAAAAAAUGAAAACAACCUCAAUUCAUACCUCUCCCAGUAAUUCACAAGAUAAUUUAACAAUACAACAUAUAGAAACACUUGAUUGGAAUAAUAAAAAUGUUAAUGACAAGGAAAAAAAUAAUAAUAUAUGUGAAAAAAGUUCUACUUAUGAUGAAACCCUGAACUCUGAACGAGUGAAUGUACUUUUGAUGCCUGAUAAUAAUUAUCAAAUAUGCGAAAAAAAGGAUAAACUUUUGAAUAACAAUUACAAUCCUUGCCAUACUAAUAAUAUAAUACAAACACAUAAUGAUCAGUAUAUAAACAAAACAUAUGACAAACAUGAUAAUAAUAAAGUUAAUAUAAAUAUAUGCGAUGAUAUCAGUACUACUAAUAAUGAUCAAAGUGAAAAAAUGGAUGAUGAAAAAAAUGAAUUUGUACAAAUAAAAAGUGCGAAAAAUAUUUAUGAAAAUAUGAAAAAAAACUUUUUACUUUUUAAAACAUUAGAUCAAGAUAUAAACACACCUAGUAAGUUUUUAAAUGUUGAGGGGCAAAUAAAUAUGCAGCAAGAUUGCAAAGGAGAUAAUAAGGUGGAAUAUCUAAAAAGUUAUAAAAUGACAGAAGAGAAAAAUGAUACAUGUGGUGAAAUAAAAAAUGAUAUAUGUGGUGAAUUAAAAAAUGACACAUGUGGUGAAAUAAAAAAUGAUAUAUAUUGUGAAAUAAAAAAUGACACAUGUGAUGAAUUAAAAAAUGACAGAUGUGAUGAAUUAAAAAAUAACAGAUGUGAUGAAUUAAAAAAUGACAGAUGUGAUGAAUUAAACAAUAACAGAUGUGAUGAAUUAAAAAAUGACAGAUGUGAUGAAUUAAAAAAUGACAGAUGUAAUGAAUGUCCUAAUAUACCAAAUAAUACACCCAAUCUUAUAACGAAGUGUAUACAAAAUAAAAUGACAAGCUUAUCACAUGUAAUAGAGGAAAAUUCUUUAAAUGAUAAAAAAACAAAGGAUACAAAUUUUAAUAAAGAUUUCUAUACAAAUAAAACAUACUCAAUUAAUAAACAUACUGAAAUUAAUUUACAAAUAAAUGAUAAAAAAAAAAAUGAUUUGUUAAGAAAUACUUUAGAAGAAAGUAGGAAAUCUUCCCUUACAUCUUAUAAAAAUAAAACUCCUUCAAAACAUGUUAAUUCUAAAAGUCAAUUAAGGAUCACUAAUUUUUUUAAAAGGGUAGAUAAAAAAACAAAUGAAAAUCAUAAUAUACAUAGUACACAAAAAAUACUUAAUGAUCAUAAUAAUAAUUGUAAUGAUAAUAUACAAAAUGACAAAUUUCUUACAAAUAUAUUUAUGAAUACACCACUAAACUAUUCUGUAGAAUAUUCUGAAGAAGAUUACAUAAACUCUUUUAAUGAUAACUAUUCAGAUAUAAAAAACGUACAAAAAUUAAAAAAAAAAAAAAAAAGAAAUCUUAAAAAUACUCCUCAAAGUUAUAGUAUUAAAGAUCAUUUUGCUGUUUCUUUACAAAGUCAAGAUAAAAAUGAUAAAUUAAGUUUUACAAAUCAUAAUAAUACCUUAGAAAAAGAUAUUUUAUUAAUUCAAGAUGAAAAACAAUUACAAUUUAAUCAUAAUUCAAUUAAUAAAGAAAAAAAUAAAAACAAUCAUUCACAAAUAUCUUCUUUAAUAAAUGAUGAGGAUGAUGGUGAUAAUAUAAUUACAAUAAAUAAUAAUAUAUCAAAUUUAAAUGUACAACAAAAUGAGCAACAAAUUUCAAAUCAUAAUACAAUCAUAAUCCCAUCAAAUAAUCAUCAACCAAAAAUUUCUAACGAAAAUGUAAAAUCUAAUAAUAUAUUCACAGAACAAAAUACACAAUAUAAACACAACACUAUACUAAAAUCUACAGACAAAUUACAAUAUGAAAAUAUACAAAAAAAUAAAGAAACUUCACAAAAAAUUAAUGUGGAAUAUAUACUUCAAAAUCUUAAUUAUAACUAUCAGCCAAAAAAUCAAAAAAUUAAUACUUUUGAUUAUUUCAAGGAGAAGGAAAAUAUUAACCAUUGUAAUCCUUACAUUGAUCAUAAUUUAUAA